CUUCCUUCUUCCUCACAUAUAUCCAAUUAUACAUUCAUACACAAUGCCAAUGUUUCAAAUGACACCACAGUUGUAUGAUAAAAUCAAACACUUUGCAAGGUUUCCACAAACAGGUGUUUCUUUAAAACAAAUGGUCAUGUUUGGACAAAAGCCAUCUCAAGGUACUUUAUUUAAAGCAAGUCAAUUUUUACAUGAGGAAUUACCUAUUCGAUUAGCUCAUCGUGUUAAGGAACUGGAGGAAUUACCAAGGAAUCUUAGUGAUAUGCCAUCCAUCAUUAAAGUCAAACAUUGGUAUGCACAAUCUUUUCAGGAUCUGAUCGAAUUACGACCUCCAGUGAUCAAUAAUACUAUUAAAGAACAAUUAAAACAAGCAUCCAAAACCUCAGAACCAUUUGCCCUUCCUGCCAGUGUACCCAAUCCAUCUCUUGUAAAUAUUUUGAAAUCUCCUUCAUCAUCAACAUCAGUAUCUUCAACUUCAUCUUCCGGUGCCAUGCAUCCAUCUGUUCCUAUUGGUCAUCGUUAUUAUACCAACCUAGAAAGCUUCCAAUGUCCACCUGAAAUCGCUGAGUACAAUAAAUCCUUCACCAAGACAAUCGAGGCAAUCAAAAGACGUCAUGAUCCAGUGGUGACAACAGUAGCUCAGGGUAUUCUAGAAUAUAAAGAACGAUUGAAUAGCAAUGUGAUUGAUACGGAAAUUCAACAAUUCUUGGAUCGAUUUUAUAUGUCACGGAUUGGUAUUCGAAUGUUGAUAGGACAACAUUCAACGCUAUAUCGAGGCCCUCCCCAAGGCAAGGAUUAUGUGGGUGUGAUUUGUACAAAGACCAAUAUUCGUGAUAUCGCCAUGGAUGCUAUUGCCAAUGCUAGAUUCAUUUGUGAAGAACAUUAUGGGUUAUUCAAGGCUCCUGAGGUCAAGAUGUUCUGUCCUACUGAUAUCGAAUUUAUGUAUGUUCCUUCCCAUCUCAAUCAUAUGUUAUUCGAACUUCUUAAAAACUCUUUGCGUGCCGUUGUUGAAAGGUUUGGUCCUGAUUAUGAAGACGAAUUCCCUCCCAUUAAGGUUGUUAUUGCUUAUGGUCGCGAAGAUAUCACUAUCAAGAUUUCUGAUGAAGGUGGUGGUAUUCCUCGAUCUGGUAUUCCUUUGGUUUGGACUUAUAUGUAUACCACUGCUCAAGCACAAGAAUUGGAACCUGAAUAUAGUCAAUCUGACUUUAAAGCACCUAUGGCAGGAUUUGGUUAUGGAUUACCUUUAUCAAGAUUGUAUGCUCGAUACUUUGGUGGUGAUUUGAAAUUGAUUUCUAUGGAAGGCUAUGGUACAGAUGUCUAUCUACACUUGAAUCGACUGUCCAAUAGUGAUGAACCUCUCAUGUAA